GGGAGGUAAAAGUGUAGUCACAAGGCUGAGACUGUUACACACAAGUACAUUGAAAGUGGUGGGGGAACAUCCGGCUGGGAGGUGUGAUCAUUGUCAGGAGGUGAUGGAGACAGUGGAUGUUCUAUUUCAGUGCCAGAAAUAUGUGAGAGAAAGGUAGCGAUUGUUACUAGAUUUGAGGAGUAAUGGGGCUGAAGAGCCAGGAUUAAGUGAACUGCUGAGACAUCUUCAGGGGAUGUCGUUUUUAAUUAUGUGUUUCGUUUCGUUUGGGAGACGAGAUUAUUGGGUAGAAUAAAACCUUCACUGUCUCACCCGGUUGGUGGCGGUAAUGCACCUUAAAGUUGGUUGCCAACCGCCAUAUAAAAUCCACAGAAGAAGACUAAUUUCUUCCCACUAGAAACGACAGACUGUGGUCUAUUUUGGGUUAGUUAUUUAAAAAAUCGUCGUCCAGUUUCCGCUCUGUUUGAGCUAUUAAGCUAACUAACAAUCUAGUUAGUUAUUUAGCCGUCUUCGUUUAUAUUGAUAAAACUCUCUUAUUUUGACACAAUUUAGGUCGCCAACCUAUCGUCAGUCAUUUAAUAAGUGCAAGCUCGCGAAAAGAAAGAAAGCAACCACGAAGAAUAUGGAGGUUGAUUUCCCAGAGCAAGACGCCAGUAGCACGGACGAAGAAGACACUGUCAGCUCCUCUGUAUCUGAAGAUGGAGACAGCUCGGAGAUGAACGACGAGGACUGCGAGAGGAGACGAGUGGAAUGCAUGGACGAGAUGACUACCCUGGAGAAGCAAUUCGGCGACUUGAAAGAACAGCUGUACAAGGAGAGGCUCUGUCAGGUGGAUAUAAAGCUACAGGAGGUCAUAGCAGCCUGUGCCCAAGAGUAUCUGGAACCACUGGCCAACCUACAGGAGAAUAUGCAGAUCAGAACUAAAGUGGGCGGGAUCUACCAAGAGCUGUGUCUGGAGUCUGUGAAGAACAAGUAUGACUGUGAGAUCCAGGCUGCCUGCCAACACUGGGAGAGCGAGAAGCUGUUGCUGUUUGACACAGUGCACAGUGACUUAGAGGAGAAGAUCAGACACCUGGAGGAGGACCGACACAGUAUCGACAUCACCUCAGAACUGUGGAACGAUGGUUUACGUUCACGGAAGAACAAGACGAAGGAUCCCUUCUGCCCUGUCAAGAAAAAGAAGCCUGUUGUUGUCUCAGGUCCAUAUAUUGUUUACAUGUUGCAAGACCUCGAUGUACUUGAAGACUGGACAGCAAUAAGAAAGGCACCACAGGCGGAGGUGACAUUAGGGUCACACAGGGUCAAGGUUGAUGUCCCUACCAAGGCGGACAGACACCACCAUGUGGCGAGGUCAGAGGAGGGCAGACUGUUCUAUGACAGCCAGUGGUAGUGCAGAGGCCAGGCCUUCUGUAUCAACAAGAAGGACCAACACACUACCAGCGCCAUAAUAACCACCAUAAACCAUGACGAGGUGUGGUUCAAACAGCCUGACAAGUCCAAACUCUACGUCUCUCAGCUGCAGGAAGGCAAAUACACCAUCAAACACUCCUAAUGUCCCUCACAGCCUGCUGUACUCUUUCACCCUGGAUAACAGAUGAACUCCACUGCCAUAAUGUCCUCUCCUUUAUGUCAGUGGACUUAACCAAGCUCCUUUAAUUUUUUUAUUUAAUUUUACCUUUAUUUAACCAGGCAAGUCAGUUAAGAACAGGGUAGAGGGGCAUGGGCUGGAGGGAGGUGGAGAGAAGGGGG